AGUCUGUCAUUUAAAAACGGACAAGAUAGAACAUGUUCUAUUUUUUUUAUGUCUAUUUUUCACAGUCAAAAAACUACAAUGUGAAUAACCCUAUAGACUACCAUUGGUCUUAAAACAGAUGUGUGAUGGUCUUAAAAAAAUCCAACUUUGUGAGAGGGCUCCUGGUUUCUGUGGAGGGAGGAUGUCAAGUCUGUAUGCAGCUCUGCCGGUGACUGCCAUUGGUCAGUCUACAUGGGGUCCAGGCAGCUGCUUGUUUGCUAGCACUUGUUUUUUAGGGAUGGGCACCCAUGCUUGGUGGAUAGUGAGUGUGGCUGAAUUUAUAAAAUGCCUUCCUGUGUCAUUCCAGCUCUUGCCAUUUGGAGACCAACGCGGUCAACUAGAAGUAGAAAAUCCUUACCUAGCUUAAACUAUACCCUACCAGGAGAAGCAAGGACCUUCUCAACAUCAUCACAAAGACACAAGCUCUUGUCAUUUGGAGACCAACGCGGUCAACUAUAAGGAGAAAAUCCUUACCUAGCUUAAACUAUACCCUACCAGGAGAAGCAAGGACCUUCUCAACAUCAUCACAAAGACACAAGGUAAGUGAAUGCAUGGACACCCAUGCUUGGUGGAUAGUGAGUGUGGCUGAAUUUAUAAAAUGCCUUCCUGUGUCAUUCUAGCUCUUGCCAUUUGGAGACCAACGCGGUCAACUAGAAGUAGAAAAUCCUUACCCAGCUUGAACUAUACCCUACCAGGAGAAGCAAGGACCUUCUCAACAGCAUCACAAAGACACAAGGUAAGUGAAUGCAUGGACACCCAUGCUUGGUGGAUAGUGAGUGUGGCUGAAUUUAUAAAAUGCCUUCCUGUGUCAUUCCAGCUCUUGCCAUUUGGAGACCAACACGGUCAACUAGAAGUAGAAACUCCUUACCCAGCUUAAACUAUACCCUACCAGGAGAAACAAGGACCUUCUCAACAUCAUCACAAAGACACAAGGUAAGUGAAUGCAUGGACACCCAUGCUUGGUGGAUAGUGAGUGUGGCUGAAUUUAUAAAAUGCCUUCCUGUGUCAUUCCAGCUCUUGCCAUUUGGAGACCAACGCGGUCAACUAUAAGGGGAAACUCCUUACCCAGCUUAAACUAUACCCUACCAGGAGAAACAAGGACCUUCUCAACAUCAUCACAAAGACACAAGGUAAGUGAAUGCAUGGACACACAUGUCUAACCAUGAUAUUGUCAUGUGUAUGGUGGCUAAUGAGUGACCGUAAAAAAAUAUUUUAGUUAGAUUAUUUUUUUAUUUUUUUGGGGCAGAAGACUACACCUUUGCUGUUAGCUAUUAUGCCAAACAAAAAAGAAUCAGGUGCACAAGGCAGAAAGAGGAGAAAGAUAGAGCAGAAGCAGCAAGCUAAAAUAGCUGGAAGCCUUGACAGGUUUCUUGUGAACACAGCUGUAAGUACAUUAGGAUCACCAUCACCAGUAGCAUCACAAGAGCCUCACGAACAGGAACAAGUGCCUGUGGACAUUCCUAUUGUUACUUUAGAAACAGAAGAGACAGCUUUGUGUGAAGAUGCUCCUACUUCUGCUCAGCCAAAUAUUUCUGCUCGGCCAAAUAUUAUACUAGAAAGAAUUGACCUCAAAGUCUUCACCGAUAUUGGCUAUUGGCCAGAUACUGUGGAUGAAACUUUGAAAACUGAACUUGUCAAGAGAGGAACAGUGGAACUACAGAAUAAGGAUGCAUUGUUUCCAAAAGAUAGUGAUGGCAGGUCAUUUUCGAAGGAAUGGUUCUACAUGAAUUUGGAGAAUGGCGAGACUAUGUUAAGGACAUGGUUAGUGUUUUCACCUAUGAAAUGUGCUGCAUAUUGCUUUCCUUGUAUGCUUUUCCAGAAGGCCAAAGGGAAAAGUUCAUUUGGAAAGUCUAAUGGAUUUAAAGCAUGGAGAAAACGAAAUCCCAGGUUGCUAGAACAUGAGCGUAGUUUUUACCACUAUCGUGCAUUUACAAUGUGGAAAGAAUUUGAAAUGCGGCUACAAAAACAAGAAACUAUUGAUGCUGCUGCCCAGCUUGUACAAAAGAGGUAAUUUGAAAAGUGGAGGGCAAUUCUAGUGAGAAUAAUUGACUGUGUGCU